CUGCGCAGCGCCGGGGAUUGGGCCGGGGGCUCGGGGGUGGGGACGCCGCAGCCUCCCCGGCAGGUCGUGGCCGGAAGUGGUGGUGAUUCCCGGGGGAAGUUGAGGCCCUGGUGGGGGAAGGGGACGCGCGGGCCGGCAGGCCUGACCGGAAACGGCGGUCCGGGGGGCACGUCUGGGUCCCCGGCUUGUUCCCACUCCUUUGCCGCUCCUUCUCGUUUCCCGAGAAGCCCGGGUUCCGCUGCCGCCGCGGGCGGGCUGCGUGCGGCCUUUGAUCUGCCGGUGAUUACGGCCUGGGUCCCCGCGGGAGGCUCAUUCAUUCGCCCCGGCGCGGGCGGCAGGCAGGAAGCGCGUGCGCCGGAGGGGAAAUGACUGGGCCAAGGUCAGGCACCGCGUGGCCCGCUGGACCGGGGCGGACGGGGGCCGGGCCCCAAGGCCACCCCGAGGGCUCCCGGGCGCCAAGCUGUGCUGCUUGAUCCCCCCAACCACUCCCAAACCCGACCUCAAGAGGGGACACCGCAGUUCGUGGAGACGGGGGUUGGGCAGCCACAGGAUGGUGGCGUCCCACGACGGAAAAGUGACCCAGAGGCUCUCCCAGUGCCCGGCCCCAUGCUGGGCACCGGGACAGGGUCAAGAACAAGGUCCCGGAGAGGACAGGCAGAGACGGGGACCUGGACACGGAGUACCUCCUCCCCCAGAGCAAUUGUGGGAAGGUCUCCCGGCAGAGCCCCGUCCAGAGGCGUUCAGGAAGAGGUCACUUGGUGUGUGGCUGCCUGCUGCCUGGCUGUAUUGGGCAGUGCUGAGGACACAGUUGGGAGUCAGCCGGCCUCUGCUCUGGGGAAGCACGGUCGCUGUUGAUCCCCGCUUAUCCCCUAAGACGUAAGCCUCUUGGGCUAAAUGCAGGUGGCAUCCAUCUGCCUGCUUUUGCUCCGGUUCCUUGUGGUCCUGCCUCAGCCCUGAGAGCAUUGGGAUCAGAUCCCCACGUUGUUCUCUCUUGUCUUAGCUUUUUCCCCUGGAAGUUUUCCAGAUCUAACCCCCACCCGCACACCCGCUGAGCUGAGGAAUGGGAGAACCCCAAGGGCUUAUCAGCAUGCCUGACCCAUGAGCAAUCGUGUGGCCUUAGAAGUGCUGGGGUCAGACAGAACCGAGUUCAGAUCCCAGCUCCAUACCUGGUGCUUUGUGACCUUACAGUGUAAAUGACUCUCACAUCUCAGUUUCUGCCUGGAUGAAGAGGAAUGGUGGUAAUAGCUUUGACUUGGUAGGGAAGCUGUUAAUGCAUGUUUUCUCCAGAGAGCUGAGCGGAAGCUAUGUGAGAAAGGCUCUGGAGCCAAGCAUUCCUCGUAGGCCAGGCCUUGCCUCCUGUCUCUUCCAGCAUGGUGACCAUGGACCUGUCACUUUCCUCUUUCCCCAUUCCCUGUGGUAGAGAGCACAGUCCAGCAUUUUCUGGAUAAGGCUGGUCCUGUGCUGGGUCCAUGGGCACAGUGGUCCUGGCACAGUGCUCUACUAUGGGGUGGGAGAGAAGGGUCCCUCGGUGCACGUUUCUUGAGGAUCCCCUGUGACAGACCCAGAGCUGGGUGACACUGGAUGGCAGUUCCUGUCCUGCAGCAGCUUGGAGGCCUGUCGGGGACACACAUACAGAGGACCAGGGAGAGGGCUGGGGGAUUUCCCAGAACAUCCCUUCCGGGAACUGUAGGUGCCCAGAGGGAAGCUUGUCCCCGUGGGAGGUGGUGUAUCUUGUGCCUUGAAAGACAGGGAGGGAUUGGCUAAGAGGACCCUGGGGCUUGGGGGAAGGUGAUGGUGAGCUCUGGACUCGCCACUCUGGCCCAUGGCUGCAGUGAGGGCAGCAGUAGUCAGUGCUGGGGGCACAGCUCCCCGGCACCUGUGCUCAGACACAUGUCAGUCUCCAGACCUUGCUUGCUUGUCCUCCAUGCUGCCCAAAGCCUCACGUGUACUGGGGCCUCCAGGAGCCAGCUGCGGCUUUGGCCUCUUGGUGACAGAUUAAAUUUAACGGCACUUGCUUCCUGAGCACUCGUCAGGUGCCUGGUCCUGUGUCUGGUCCUCGCUGUCCCAAGCUCUCUGAGGUCUUGGGAUGGGGUUGGUUGCCCCCAGUUCAGGGGCGUGGGAUGGAGCCCCGGGCCCCAUGGUUGCACUGGGAGCACUGGCCUGCACACGAUUCCAGAGCUCGGCCCUUCACUGUAAUGCCACGGACUCUGAUGACUUCUUUCUUUCAGCCACCGCUGGGGUCUGGGGGAGACGGAGGCUAUCCUCAAGGCCUUUUCAGUGUCCCAUCAUCGGGUAGCAGGGAGUGCGUUGCAUGAAGGGUCACUGGCUGGUUCAGGGCACCCUAAGCUCCAGCCUUUCAUUUCGGGGAUGACUCACGCUGGUGGCAUCAGUGGCUUUGUUGUAGUAGCAUGGAGAGCUGUUGCCUCACGACCAUCGAGCAGCCAGCCACAGGAGUCUGGAUGGGUGGCCAGGGGCCCUGAGCUGCUCCCGCCGGCCACCUGGGGCCACAGGCCACGACUGUAAUGAUGGCGGUUAAGGGAGCCAGUGCCAGGAUCCUGAGGGUGAGGAGGAAAGGAACGAUGACCUUGGCGGCUGGCCGACCUGGCUGGAGUCUGGCGCCUCUACUUGGUGGCUGGCUCUGUGAACUUGUGUGAACCCCAGCUUUAACAGUUUCUUGUCAGGGGUUGCCAGGCACAUCCUGGGCACCUGGCUUCUGGCUGAGGGCUUCACACAUGUUACCUCUGAUCUGGAUGCGGGGCCAGGAGGGUCAGGAGGCAUAGAGGCCAGAGCACCUUGUCCAAGGUCACAUGGCUGCGGGGUGGCAGGGCUGAGUUGGCAGCCUGCCCGGAGAGCUUGUUCUCUCCUCUCUGACGGUGGUUAUGGGCUCGGGACUGUAAACCCAUUGCAGUGGGUAUGAGGGUCUGACGUGUAGUCUGUGCUUUGGAAAGAGAGGACACUUGAGCUGAGGGAAGGGAGAAGUCUGGGAAGGUUUUCUGGGGGAGGUGCUACUUUCACUGGAGAGAAUGGGCAAAGUGGAAAGAUGUAAACACCCCCCCAAGAAUGGGGGUCCGGCCUGAUUGAGGGGUGACAGACAGAAUGUGGCCUGUAGGCGUGGUUCCAUCCUUUUUUCCCCCUAGAGAAUAUUUUUGUUUGUUUAAGUAGUUUUCAGUUACUUGUCCAGACUAAGGAAUGAGGAGCAUUGACAGACGUGUCUGAAGACCUGGAUGCUGGGUGUUCCUGGACAGUGGCAGGUGGCCUCCGGGUUCCUGCCGCACCUGCCGGCAUAACCGUACAGGGAGGCUCUAGGAAUUCUCGAUACUGGUUUAUCUUGGAGAUAGCGGGGAAUGGGGACCAGGGCCUCUGGAGUUUGCCGCCUGCCUGCACCCCCGGGAGGGCCACACAGGGUUGGAGGGGGAGCCGGCUGGUGCCCCUGAGGAUAUGGGGACAGCGGCAAGGGUGAGGCCUGUGUGGCUGGGUGAGAUGGGAGAGAGCAAGCCAUGAGGUAGGCUUACCGCGAGGCAGCCGGUCAGUGAAAAGAGGAAGAAAGUGGGGUUGGAGGCCAAGGGAGCAGGAUCAGAAGAGACUGCUUUGGUCAGCUCUUUCGGUGUGCUGGGAAACCCGAACGAGGCGCAGAUUGCGUUCUGGGGAAGUAUGGCCUACCAGCCGACUCUGGGAAGAUGGAAGAAGUCUGAGCAGACUGUCAUUGUAGAGGAAAUGGGGAAAGUUGACAGAGGCCCCCGUCUGCCCCCCAAAAAAGGACUUAUGGUUCUGAUGGUGUUGCUGACUUGGAAGAACAGGGACCCAGACAUGGAGCUGCGGGAAGAGGCCUGGUCUCCGGGGCCGCUGGAUUCCGAGGACCAGCAGAUGGCCAGUCACGAGAACCCAGAGGCCAGAGGGGAGAGAUUUUUGGCUUUGCAGAGCCCGUGCCCCUUGCAGCGGGAAGGCAGCCAGUACAGAAUGGACAUCCUCAUCAUGGAUGACGAUGACGUCCCAAGCUGGCCCCCGACCAAGCUGUCCCCGCCCCAGUCCGCGCCCCCGGCCGGCCCCCCGCCCCGGCCGCGGCCACCGGCGCCCUACAUCUGUAACGAGUGCGGCAAGAGCUUCAGCCACUGGUCCAAGCUGACGCGGCACCAGCGCACGCACACGGGCGAGCGGCCCAACGCCUGCGCCGACUGCGGCAAGACCUUCUCGCAGAGCUCGCACCUGGUGCAGCACCGGCGCAUCCACACGGGCGAGAAGCCAUACGCCUGCUCCGAGUGCGGCAAGCGCUUCAGCUGGAGCUCCAACCUCAUGCAGCACCAGCGCAUCCAUACGGGCGAGAAGCCCUACGCCUGCCCCGACUGCGGCCGCAGCUUCACGCAGAGCAAGAGCCUGGCCAAGCACCGGCGCUCGCACAGCGGCCUCAAGCCCUUCGUGUGCCCGCGCUGCGGCCGCGGCUUCAGCCAGCCCAAGAGCCUGGCGCGCCACCUACGGCUGCACCCCGAGCUGUCGGGCCCCGGCGUGGCGGCCAAGGUGCUGGCGGCCAGCGUGCGCCGGGCCAAGGCGCCUGAGGAGGCGGCGGCGGCGGACGGCGAGAUCGCCAUCCCGGUGGGCGACGGCGAGGGCAUCAUCGUGGUGGGCGCGCCGGGCGAGGGGGCUGCGGCGGCUGCAGCCAUGGCGGGCGCGGGGGCCAAAGCGCCGGGGCCCCGCUCGCGGCGCGCACCGGCCCCCAAGCCGUAUGUGUGCGUGGAGUGCGGGAAGGGCUUCGGGCACGGGGCGGGGCUUAUGGCCCACCAGCGCGCCCAGCACGGGGAUGGGCUCGGGGCGGCGGGGGGCGAGGAGCCCGCGCACAUCUGCGUGGAGUGCGGCGAAGGCUUCGUGCAGGGCGCAGCGCUGCGCAGACACAAGAAGGUGCACGCUGUGGGCGCGCCGUCGGUCUGCAGCCGCUGCGGACAGAGCUACUACCGGGCGGGCGGGGAGGACGGCGACGACGACGACGAGGAGGCUGCUGGCGGGCGCUGCAGCGAGUGCCGUGGCGGGGAGGGCCGGUAGGGGCGGAGGCCCGGGGGGGCAGGGCCCCUCGGGCUUGGCGGGGACGCUGGCGCAGGACCCGGAGACCAGAGAGAGGCGGACAGAGGGGCGCCACCGGCUGCGGGGUCUCCUCUCCCCGUCUCCGCCCCUGCGGUCUGCGUGGAGCCACGGGCGGCCCGGGGUGCUAGGGCCCUCCCGCCCCCGCCCUGCACCCUGCCCCGGCCUGGCCCGCCCUUCUGGUUCUCCGCGAGCCCGGGAGGGACCGUGCGUGAGAACUGGAGACCGAGGGACGCCGGAGACCGCCACUGGAGGACCGGUGCCCCGCCCCUCUUUCCCUUGCCCGUCUGCCCCCGGGCGCUUGUGAGGAGCCUUCCAGGUCAGAAGGGCCACGCGCGGGGAAGGGAAAGAGGGUCCUUUUCCCUUUAGAGUUUUCUUUUAAUCACACCCGCCUCCUGACUGCAUCCUGCCGUUAUUUUGAUUCUGCCCUGCGGGUCCUGUUGUUUUUCUUGGCCCUUGUCCUUCCUCCCCUCCCCAGGUUUGGGCCGGGAAGAGUGCUGGAGCGGGACUAGCCCCUGGUCCCCGCGUCCCCGCGGAGCUGGGGUCCCGUCUGUUCCCUCAUCUGGACACGUCGGCAGGAGGGGUGCGGGGCAAUAAAUGGCACUAUCCGAUUGUC